GGAGCAUUCUGUACAGAUGGCAGUACGGGGCUGAGAUGGACAGAUCUACAUCUCCAGUGAUGGCUGGAGGAGCAAUUCAGUCUAAUAUCUAUCAGCAGCUGGACAAUGAAAUGAUUAGAGCGUUUCAGCAGCAGCAGGCUGUACACGGUGUCAUGGAGCAGCAGCAGCCCAAGCCUCAUGCCCAGAGCGGCCCAAUCCUGUGCCAGAACUGUGGCCAGGCCUGCAAAGGCGAGGUGCUGCGGGUGCAGAACAAACAUUUCCACAUCAAGUGCUUCAUCUGUAAAGUGUGUGGCUGUGACCUGGCUCAGGGAGGCUUCUUCGUGCGGCAGGGCGAGUACAUCUGCACUCUCGACUACCAGCGUCUCUACGGCACACGCUGUUUCAGCUGCGAGCAGUUCAUCGAGGGUGAGGUGGUGUCCGCGCUCGGCAAGACCUACCAUCCACGAUGCUUCGUGUGUGCCAUCUGCAAACAGCCGUUUCCUGCAGGCGACCGCGUGACGUUUAACGGGAAAGAGUGCAUCUGUCAGAAAUGCACUCAGCCUCUGCCUGCCAACAGCUCAGCACCCGCUCAGGCUGUCCACAAUUGCUGUGGCUGUGGGAAGGAGUUUAAGAAUGAACAGUCGCUGAUGGCUCUGGAUAAACACUGGCACCUGGGCUGCUUCAAGUGCAAAGUGUGCAACAAAGUGCUCAAUGCUGAGUACAUCAGCAAGGAUGGAAUUCCAUACUGUGAGAUGGACUACCACGCCAUGUUUGGCAUCCAGUGUGAGAACUGUAAGAAGUACAUCACAGGGAAAGUUCUGGAGGCUGGAGAUAAACAGUACCAUCCGACAUGUGCCAGAUGUGUGCGCUGUGAGCAGAUGUUCGGAGAAGGGGAGGAAAUGUACCUGCAAGGUUCUUCCAUCUGGCAUCCUGCGUGCAGACAGGCGGCUCGAAUGGAGGAGAAAAGUAAGGUGACCAGGACUUCCUCUGAGAGCAUCACGUCAGUUCCUGCCUCCAGUGCAUCUGGAUCUCCAAGCAGAGUUAUCUAUGCAAAGCUGGGCGAUGAGUUCCUGGAUUAUAAAGACCUCGCGGCUCUUCCUAAGAUCAAGGCCAUCUAUAACAUCGACAGGCCCGACAUGCUUUCAUACUCCCCUUACGUCAGCUACCCGACAGAGGACAGGACCUAUGUAGAGUCCCCGCAGUUCCUCACUCCGACUCCGACAGAGGGAGAUGGGGAAAAAUCCCCCCGUCAGAGACGACCCUCCAGCCCCAGCUCGAACAGUUCACUGGGCGGUUACGGCCGCUACACGCCGUCCCGCUCGCCACAAACCUACAGCAGACAAGAACAAUAUGCCAGCAGUGGGUACACACCACAACCCGGGAAUUCCAACUCGUUACCCGUGUACACUACGGGUCGAUAUUCCGGCCAGGGUAGGCCCAGAGACUCUUCCUCACUGCCCUUGUACUACAGUAGUGGUGUUCGAAGUAUCCCACAGAAUCUUUCCCUGAACCCCACCACCCUGGCCAUGCUCCAACAGCACAACUACAUCCCAUACUUCAGAGGUAGUGAAAGUGGUCGUAGUACCCCGAGCUUCUCCACCUACUCCGAUGGCAAGUCUCCGUCCUCCACCUACGUGGCUGCACCUAAGCAUUUCCACAUCCCAGCCUCCAGAACCUCCUGGCAGGAUGGAGAUGAUGUGGACAGAAAGACCAGAAUGAGUUGGACUCUUCUAAAGAGUCAGAGUGAUGGACAGUCACCGGACAUCGACCCCAGGACCUCCACACACAGCCUGCCCACGGACAUGUCUCAGCCCAAUUUCCCCUACAAUAAGUCUGCUUCACUCCCAGGCUACGGACAUAACGGCAUCUACAAGGCAGCCGAUCUCGGAGAGGACGAUCACGACUCCACCUGGGGAGCAAUGAGAGAGUACAAGGUGUACCCGUAUGACAUGCUGGCUGUAACACACCGAGUCAGAGUGAAGCUGCCGCGUGAUGUGGACCGCACCAGGCUAGAGAGGCACCUGUCUCCCGACGAGUUCUUCCAGGUGUUUGGGAUGACCAUCGCCCAGUUUGACCGCUUGGCUCUGUGGAAGAGAAACGAACUGAAGAAAAAAGCUCGCUUGUUCUAACCACCGUCACCACCACUACCACCACCGCUACACCCCUGAGUGAACUGAGUGAGAAGAUAAAUGAAGAAUUUCUCCUCAAUCAGUCUACAUUCAUGCAGAGAUGAGAGAAAGAGUGAAAUAUAUAUGAAUAUAUUUAUAUGCAUAUAUAUAUAGAUAUAUAUUCAUCGUACCUGCACUUCCAUUCUGCUGCGCUGCAUACCUGCUGUCAUAACGCUGAAGAACGGAGGAGUGUGUUAUAUACGCCGUCACUUCACAGCCUCGGAGUUAGCCAUGGUAGCUUUCUGUGCAAAUUCCACAUUAUAUCUGUUCUGAUGGGGAAGGGAAACGAUCUACGUGUAUGUGUGUAUGCUAUGCUAUGCUAUGCUAUGGCGCACCCUUCAUGUCGGUUUUUAUCAAAUCAUUUUAUCGGUCGUCUUUUCCUCCAUUUCCCUCAGUCUCCUGUCACAAUCAUUACAUUAUAUAAUUAUCUCAUAGAAAUUAUUUGACAUCAUCCCGAUUCAACAAUUAAAAUCCGAAAUUAAAAAUGGGGUACACUAGGAGUCCGUGUCUGUCCCCAAGGUACAAUCUACAUGAAUAUACGUUGUACUCUAGGGCUCAUUAAUGGACCUCAAGUCCACUAACUAUGUGCUUUUUUUUAUAGCCAAAAAGGUGCAUACAUGUUCCCAAGCAGGAUAUAAAUGACAGGGAAGAGUGGGGAGACUUGGGACAGGGAGACUUGGGACUGUUUGUAUUCCUAUACAUUUUCACCCAAUCAGGUUUGAGAUUCCAUCAGAGGUUCGACGUGGCCCUGAGAGUAACCGACUUCCUUUGGAGCCGAAGCUGGACGCUGCAGCGAGCUUUGUGUAGUUUGAUAUUUUAUCAACUAAAACUUAAAAGUAUUUUCUCCUCCACCUCCAUUCUGUGGUGUAAUCUUUUCUGGUGAAUUGAGGAUUUGUUAAGAAUUAAAGUCUGUAGCCUCGAGUUACCAGAUAUAGUAUUAUUUAUUAAACUUAAAUCCUGGGGGAAACGUUGGGACAGUUCAUCAUGUUACCUGGCUUUUUCUUGUGGUUUACAAACAUAAAAUUGUUUAAAAAUGUUUGUUAAAAAUGUGGGCGUGUCCCUGCAGGAGGAUUAAUCUCAUUUCAUUCCUUCUUGAGAAUGGAACUGUUUUGUCGAGUCAGGUUUUGGGUAAACAGACAUUUUUCUAUCACUGUACCAGCCAGGCCCGUUUCAAGCUAUUUGGGGGCCCUAGGCAAAGGGGGAUCUGGGGCCCAUAAUUAUCCCCCCCUCGACGAAAGGCCUUAUGGCCGCCUACCCACUGAAGACUUAAUAAAUAAACAUCACACACAUUGUAA